AUGUGUGAAUCUGUCUACAGUGAAGAAAAACAAACAUCUCUCCAUGUUGCAUUAGAAGAAGAUAUCAUAUGCGAUUUGCUACACAAGUUUUCUUCGAUACGUAAAAUUCAAAGAGUUUUAGCCUAUGUUUUAAGAUUUUUCCUUAAAUCUAAAGAUUCACUGCAAAGUAAAACCUCUUUUAUUUCAUCUUCUGAAAUGCAUAAAUCAUUGAUUUAUAUUAUUCGACAUGUUCAACGAAAGACCUUUUCAGACAUUAUAGAUAAAAUUCUAUCAAUUGCUUUACUUCCUAAACCUUUUCGGAAACUCGUACCUUUCUUGGACUCGGAAGGUCUUGUCAGGGUGGGUGGCAGACUUAACAAUAGCAACUUCACGUACGAUGUAAAACACCCUAUAUUAUUGCCUAAAUCACACAGACUUACUGAUUUGAUUAUUGAGUGGAUUCAUCAAGCAAACCUUCACCCAGGUUUAAAGACACUGCACUGUUUAAUACUUCAACAAUUUUGGAUACUAUCUCCACGAAGUUCUAUAUACAAAUGUUUAAAUCGAUGUAUUCGUUGCUUUCGCUGUAAACCUAAAUCAUACAAUCCUUAUAUGGCUGAUUUACCAUCGUUACGUAUUUCACAAUUGAAAGCAUUUUCGUCCAUUUGUAUUGAUUUUGCAGGUCCCUUUUCUCUAACAAUGCAUCGAUACAGAAAAGCCAAGAUCUAUAAGGGAUAUGUUUGUGUUUUUGUAUGUUCAGCUACCAAAGCAAUACAUCUUGAAGCUACUUCAGACCUUACUUCUGAGGCUUUUUUGGCCGCUUUUAAGCGUUUUGUUUCGCGUCGUGGCAGAUGUUCUUUUAUUUCUAGUGAUCAAGGUACUAAUUUCAAAGGUGCCAGCAACCAAAUGCUUCAAUUCGUCCAGGUUGCGGCUCAAGUUUUAUCCAUUACUUGGAAAUUUAAUCCACCCGGCAGUCCUCACUUUAAUGGCCUGGCCGAAGCCGGUGUAAAAUCUAUGAAAUCUCAUUUAUAUCGAACAAUCGGCUCUCAGAUUUUGACAUAUGAAGAAUUCUCCACUAUUCUAACCCAAAUUGAAGCAGUGCUGAAUUCUCGGCCAUUAUCGGUUAUAAGUGCCGAUCCCAAUGAUUUACAACCAUUAACUCCCGGUCACUUUCUGACCUUAGAACCUUUAACAAUUGGUUUUCCAGAACCUGAUCUGACCUCUAUCCCUCUUAAUAGAUUGUCUAGAUGGCAACUAAUUCAACGUAUGCAUACUGAUUUUUGGAAACGUUGGUCUCAGGAGUAUGUACAUUUAAUGCAAGAACGGCAUAAAUGGACCGAACCUACUCCUGAAAUAAAAUUGAAUUCAUUAGUUCUGAUCAAACAUGAAACAAAAUCUCCGUUAUCUUGGGAAUUGGGUAGAGUCAUAAAGCUUCAUCCCGGAAAAGUCAAUAUUGAUCGUGUAGUUACAAACACUUACAGUACACUUAAAACUGCACAUGGGAUAUUACAAAGACCAGUUGUCAAAAUUUGCCCUUUACCUGGCAACUAA